AAAUAAACUUUCAUUGUGUUUUCAUCUUUCCUUUUUCUUCAAAUUGAAAUGUAGCAUAUGACAACUCACCCUUGGCAGAAGCAUGAGCACCCACAUGAGCGGGGCGUGAACUUGGAUUUAUAGAUCCCGCAACACAUGCAAGCUGAAAGAAAAUAUACAAAUACCCGCAUUAGGUGGGAGCCGAAAGUGAAACCACAUGGUCUUAGAGUCUCAUCCUUGACUGAUUGUUUUGACGAGCAGGGAAGAGGUUUUUGGAGCAGAAAUAGACAUGCUGCCCUUUUAAUCAUUUUGUUUUUGGGGGCUGGAUACAGAUGCAAAUUGAAGUAGAUUAUCAUUUUUGGUUUUUGGAUGUGUAAUGUUGAUGAAACGGCAUUUGAUGCUGCAGUGUAAAUUUUUGUGUUGCCAGGUAUUGACUUUCAAGGAAUAACUGGCAUUUCAGAAACAUGGCAUUGGGCAAAUAUUCAAGAGUUGAUGGCCGGAGAUCAUCAUCAAAUUAUUGUUCGACAGUGACUAUUGUUGUUUUUGUGGCUCUAUGCUUAGUUGGAGUUUGGAUGAUGACAUCAUCAUCUGUAGUGCCUGCUCAAAAUGUUGAUGUGCCUUCUGGGGACAACAAAAACGAGGUGAAGGAACAAGCAGGUGAGAUCAAUGAGAAUAAGCCUAAACAAUUUGAAGAUAAUCCUGGUGAUUUACCUAAAGAUGCAACCCAAAGCGACAGCAGCAGAACUUCUGCUCAGAGUCAAACUCAGUCCAACGAUCAAGAAAACCCAGACAAUUCUGAUACGUUCGCUGCUACACAAGAAAGCCAGGAAGAGAAGCCUGCAGAGAAGAGUGUAGAUGAAGAAAACAAGUCUGAAGAUGCAUCUAAAAUUAAAAGAGAAAAUGUAGAUAUUGAAACAAAAGACACGGAAUCGAAAUUUAAAGAUGGAGAAUCAAAUACAGAAGAUGGAGAAACAAAGCUAGGGGAUGGUGAAACUCAAUCUGGUGGACAGGCAGAAUCCAGAGAGGGGGCCGGCCAAAAAAAAUCAGAUGAGAGUGAGCAGAAAUCAAAUUCUGAUGAAAAUGAAAAGAAAUUGGGAGAUAAAACACAAUCUGGAGAUGAAGCAGACAACCAAAGAGAGAAGGGGCAGCAAAAUAAAGAUAACGAGUUAGAACAAAGAUCUGGUGAGAAAAAGGAGAAUGGUCAGGCCAAAGAACAGGUUCAAAAUGACGUAUUUCCUUCUGGGGCUCAGUCAGAGCUUUUGAAUGAAACGACGAUUCAAAAUGGAUCCUGGUCAACUCAGGCGGCGGAGUCAAAGAAUGAGAAGGAAGCACAGAAAUCUUCAGACUCUGAGCAGCAACCUGGGUACAGUUGGAAAAUCUGCAAUGUCACUGCAGGAUCGGAUUACAUCCCUUGCCUUGACAAUAUCCAAGCAAUUAAGCACCUUCGUACUACCAAGCAUUAUGAACAUCGAGAAAGACACUGCCCAGAGCCAGCUCCUGCCUGCCUUGUUCGUCUUCCUGAAGGAUAUAGACGCUCAAUUGAGUGGCCUAAAAGCAGGGACAAGAUAUGGUACUACAAUGUUCCCCAUACCAAGCUUGCAGAAUUCAAGGGGCAUCAAAAUUGGGUGAAAGUAACUGGCGAGUACCUUACCUUUCCUGGUGGUGGAACCCAGUUUAAGAAUGGUGCUCUUCAUUACAUUGAAUUCAUAGAGAAGACUGUACCUGAUAUUUCAUGGGGAAAACGCUCCCGUGUGGUACUGGAUGUUGGAUGUGGGGUUGCUAGCUUUGGGGGUUUUCUCUUUGAAAAAGAUGUCCUCACUAUGUCCUUUGCCCCGAAAGAUGAACAUGAAGCUCAAGUGCAGUUUGCUCUUGAAAGGGGAAUCCCUGCUGUAUCUGCUGUAAUGGGCACAAAAAGACUUCCCUUCCCAGGCCGGGUCUUUGAUGUUGUGCACUGUGCCCGCUGUAGGGUACCCUGGCACAUAGAAGGUGGUAAACUUCUUUUGGAGUUGAAUCGUGUGUUGCGCCCGGGUGGGUUUUUUGUGUGGUCUGCAACUCCAGUUUACCAAAAGCUUUCGGAAGAUGUUGAGAUUUGGAAUGCCAUGCGUGAACUAACAAAUUCAAUGUGCUGGGAACUUGUCGCAAUUAAGAAAGACAAGUUGAAUGAAGUCGGGGCUGCAAUAUAUAGGAAGACUGCCUCUAAUGACUGCUAUGAGAAAAGACAACAAAAUGAGCCUCCUCUCUGCCAGGAAUCUGAUGAUCCAAAUGCAGCCUGGAAUGUGCCGCUGCAGGUAUGCAUGCAUAAAGUUCCUGUGGAUGCAUCAGAACGGGGUUCUGUAUGGCCAGAGCAAUGGCCAGCAAGGUUAGAGAAAGUGCCUUACUGGUUGAAAAGUUCCCAGCUUGGUGUUUAUGGCAAAGCAGCACCUGAAGAUUUCAUUUCAGAUUAUAAGCACUGGAAACGUGUAGUGACCAAGUCGUAUCUCACUGGGAUGGGCAUUAGUUGGUCAUCUGUGAGGAAUGUCAUGGACAUGAGAUCUGUCUAUGGAGGGUUUGCUGCAGCUCUGAGAGACAUGAAAGUGUGGGUCAUGAAUGUAGUUACAGUAGAUUCACCUGAUACACUACCCAUAAUAUAUGAGCGAGGUCUAUUUGGGAUUUAUCAUGACUGGUGUGAAUCAUUUAGCACCUAUCCUAGAUCUUACGAUCUUCUCCAUGCAGACCAUCUCUUCUCCAAAGUCAAGAAGAAGUGCAAUUUAGUUGCUGUGGUUGCUGAGGUUGAUCGGAUCCUAAGACCUGGAGGAAAGCUUAUUGUCCGCGACGAAGUAGAGACGAUCAAAGAGCUGGAGAACUUGGUGAGGCCUAUGCAAUGGGAGAUCCGCUUAACCUACUCCAAGUACAAGGAAGGAUUGCUGUGCGUGGAGAAAUCCAUGUGGCGGCCAAAAGAGGCGGAGCAAAUCAUUUCGGCAAUUGCAUAAAGCAUACCGUCUGGUGAUUGCCCUGGCAUUCUCGACUCUGUUGCAACACUGAAUUUAGGUAUUCUUUUUUGUUUCGACUUUAUCUGUUCAUUAGCCCAUUUAUAGUGUCAGACUUGUCAUGUUUAAUGUUUUCAAUUGCUUUUUCUUUUCCUUCUCUCUUUUUUCCUUUUUAACAUCAGGGGAUGGUGUUUCAAUUUUCGCUUUAGUAUCAAUGAAAUGUGACCGAAAUUUUGGAAUUGUAAAGUCCGUCAUAAGAAUAAUUGAAGUAUCCUGUUGAGAUUCGGAAUGGAGCAUGAGAUUAUGGAA